AUUAUGCCUCCCUAUGGCACCCCGCCACACCCCUAUGUUGCAAUGUAUCCCCAUGGUGGCAUAUACGCUCAUACAUCCAUUCCUCCGGGAUCUUAUCCUUUUAGUCCUUUUGCCAUGCCUUCUCCGAAUGGUAUUGCAGAUACUUCGGUAGAUACUCCAGGUAUCAUCAAAGCUGAAGGUAAGCCUCCUGAGGUGAAGGAAAAAUUACCAAUCAAAAGAUCAAAAGGAAGUUUGGGUAGUUUGAAUAUGAUAACAGGAAAAAAUAAUGAACUUGGUAAAACACCCAGGAAAUCUGCUAAUGGAAUUCAUUCCAAAAGUGGUGAGAGCGCUAGCGAAGGUACUAGUGAAGGAAGUGAUGAAAAUUCUCAGAAUGAUUCUCAACUAAAAUCUGGGGAGAGGCAGGAUUCUUUUGAAGAUGAACCAUCUCAAAAUGGAAGUUCUGUGCAAGUUCCUCAAAAUGGGGUACUUAAUACACCCGGUACAGUUGUUAACCAAACUAUGUCUAUCCUACCUAUCUCUGCUGCUGGUGCUCCCGGAGCAGUUCCUGGUCCCACAACUAAUUCAAAUAUAGGAAUGGAUUAUUGGGGCACACCAACUUCGUCCACUAUUCCUGUGCUGCGUGGAAAGGUUCCUUCUACUGGAGUUGCUGGAGGGAUGGUUACUUCUGGGUCAGGAGAUAAUGUUCAGUCACAACUUUGGUUACAGGAUGAAAGAGAGCUUAAAAGGCAAAGGCGGAAGCAGUCUAAUAGGGAAUCUGCUCGCAGAUCCAGGUUGCGCAAGCAGGCUGAAUGUGAUGAACUAGGUCAGCGUGCUGAGACUUUGAAAGAAGAAAAUGAUUCUCUCCGGACCAAAGUGAGCCGGAACAGGAGUGAUUACGAGCAGCUACUUUCUGAGAAUGCGGCCCUCAAGGAGAGACUAGGAGAGAUACCUGGGAAUGAGGGUAUUAGUUCUGGCCAAAAUGAUCAGCAUGUUGAUAAUGAUGACACUCAACAGAGUGGUCUGACACAGGCUGUGCUGGGUGUUCAUUAGGAUCUAGCUUCCUGCUGCAUGUUGCUUUUAAGGAAGAUAACCUAAAGAAAUAGCAACUGCAAGUUCUUGUUUUUGGAUAGCUUCUAGUUCAAGGUGUAUUAAAGGUGAUCGAUCGUAUGUAGUAUUAGGAUCUAUUUAUGUUAUACGAUUCCUCGUUUCUAAUUCGUCAGGUUUUUUGACAGCCAAAAACAACCUGGGGUGUAGGAAGUUCUCGUCAUUACCAUAUUCAGCCUUUAGGGAUAGAUUUGAGAAUAGCGAUUUACCAUUAAGGAUUUUAUACAACAUGUAUUGUAUUAUGAAUGUAUAAUCACCUAUUUGAUAAGUUACGACGUUAGGUAGUUUAACUGUGAU